AUGAAGGAUCCAAUAAUGUUCGACUUUACUAAGCCCGGUUAACACUAGUUUUUUUUCGAGAAGUUCCGAAUGACAUGAUUCAGCUGAAAGUGACGGGGAGCCCGCUGCGAAACGCUACUGCAAGCCGCCAGGAUCCACACCGGAGAACACCACCUUCUCCGGAACCAACGACAACGACGGACAAGUGAAGGGAAAGAAGAGAAGCGCUCCACAGGACAACCUCUCCGCCAUCGUCUUCGUCUACAGGUUAGUUUCAGAGAUCUUUUAGGGUUCUUUGAUAAAUCGAGUUUGCAGACCGUUUAAGUGA